GCGUCGUUCCGUGUACGUUCCGUGCGCAUACGCAUUUCGUGCGGGCGCGGACAACGCCUACAGCGGUAGGACCGGCUGCUUCGAGACGUUCAAGAGGGCCUCAGAGGAAAGCACACAGAAUUUCGCCUUUGCGACUCCCGAUUUUUUCUCUCGUGUGGUAGCAGCCUGCCACCGGCGGUGCAGGUCGUCGGAUGCGCACGAUUAACCGAAUGUCAUCCGUGCGCUGUCGCGGUCAAUGUAACAAACUGUGGAAUACGCGGAUGCCUUGAUGACCCUUCGUCAGCGAGCUCUGUGCAAAAGAUGCGACCGACGUGCGAAUAGUUGCUAGUUUGUGCGCCAACGUCGCCGUUCGGGUGGUCCGACUCCGUCGCCGUGUGAAGUGUGUAGCUGGGAACGACCCGACAGGUGCGCGCCAUUGAAUGCAAGAUGGCUCUGCGUUGGAAGACGGCCAGAAGGACGUUGUCCAUGCCCGAGGGCGAGGAGAAAGGGCAUCUGGUGGUUCCUCGCAUCGUGACCACGGCCGACUGGGGCCCCAUGGACGAGUCCAUGGACGCGGCGGGGGACAUGCGGUUCUCGUCGGGCCCGCCGCUCAGCGCCGGCGUCUCGGCCACGCUGCCCUCGGAGCGACGCCGCUCGCUGUCCGGCGGCGCCCACCGCCUGCCUGCCUUGCAGCUGUCGUCGCGGGCGCGCAGGCAGUCCGGCGACGACGUGCUCGGCGGCGUGUCGCCGUCACGCAAGGCGGUGCUGUUCGAUGCCUUCCGGCCGCGCUCCAAGUCCGACUCCAAGGGCUCUUCGUCCUCAGGGAGCCGCAAGCCCAACAACCUCAUGUCGGCGCUGCGGGGCCACAGCUGGUUCCCGGGCUCUCGCAGCGCGCUGACGCCGCCCAAUGGUGCGGCCGGCGGCGGUGCGUCGGCGCCCAUGUCCCCGCUGUCGCCGCUGAGCCCCGUGGACUCGGAGGCCCCCUUCCGGCGCCCGCGCUCGGGCUCCGAGAGCCGCACGGGCGCCGUCUCCAAGGUCAUGGACCUCUUCCGGAGCCGCUCGCAGUCGGUCAGCGUCGAGGGAAAGACCAAGGUUCGUCCCAGCACGCAACCGAAGUUCCCGGUCAACAGCAGCCAGUACGGAUCCCUACUGCGGCGUCAUUCGGUGGAGCCCGAGCGUCGCCGUGGUUCUGUGCAGCAGCAGCGGUCUCUCGACUCGCUCGACCACCACACCGCCCUUAUACACAGGCACCACUAUGCCGCCACGCUUCCUCAUGCGGACUCCCUCUGUGAUAAGAUAGACAUCGAGGAUUUGGGUGAAGAUGAAAACAUGCUGUUUGUAAAGUUUUUCAAGUAUUACCGCUGCUACGAUCUCAUUCCUGUCAGUGCCAAACUUGUCGUUUUCGACACGGAACUGCUGGUAAAGAAAGCCUUCUUUGCCCUUGUGAGCAAUGGUGUGAGAGCAGCUCCUCUCUGGGACAGCGCCAAGCAGGAGUUUAUUGGCAUGCUGACUAUCACUGACUUUAUAUACAUUCUGAGGAACUACUACAAGUCUCCUUUGGUGCGAAUGGAUGAACUGGAAGAACAGAAGAUCAAAGCAUGGAGAAAAGUCCUCAAUGACACCUCAAGACCGUUGGUGCACAUUGGACCUGACGCAAGCUUGUGCGAUGCCAUCACAACACUUAUUCACAACAAGGUGCACCGAUUGCCUGUCAUUGACCCGCAAACGGGUAAUGUACUCUACGUGCUGACACACAAGAGGAUCCUGCGCUUUCUCUUCCUUUAUUACUACGAGUUGCCUCAUCCCAGCUAUCUGGAUCACACACUUCGGGAGCUGAAGAUUGGGACUUACGAAAAUAUUGCUACGACAAAACCUAGCACGCCAUUGAUUGUGGCACUAAAUCAGUUCAUCAAAAGAAGAGUGUCAGCGUUGCCAGUGGUGGAUGAUCGAGGAAAAGUAGUUGACAUCUAUGCCAAGUUUGAUGUCAUUAACCUGGCAGCUGAAAAGACAUACAACAACCUUGACAUUACGAUCAAGAAGGCUCUAGAGCAUCGAGAUCAGUAUUUUGAAGGUGUGCUCAAGUGCACAUUGGAUGACACACUAAUGGCUGUCAUGGAGAGAAUUGUCAAGGCUGAGGUCCAUCGGUUGGUUGUAGUGGAUGAAGAGGAUCAUGUCGUUGGCAUCAUCUCGCUCUCAGACAUUCUCUCAUUCUUGGUUCUCAAGCCACUUGGCAUGGAGCGGCCAGAUAGAAGCCGAGCCUCUGAGGCUACUUCGCUACCCGUGCACGAAGAGAACGAGUCCGAGGAGUCUCACGAUGACGACGGUGGUGGGGCAGCCGACAGGAGCCAGGCUUCAGAAAACCAGAACACUUCAGAAGAGCAGCCACACUCUGAGGAACCAUGAGGGCCAAACCAAGUGCUUGACAAGGAUGUACAUCGCGUUGUCUUUCCAAGGCAACAGCUGCAGCAGCAUUCAAUUGCUGCUGUCUUCCAUACUAAAGGGUUUGCCUGGAAGUACCUUCCUCUCCAGGAAGCAAAAUCCCUUGGCCUAGCGUGCAAGAGCCCAUUGCCAAGUGAAAAACCUUGUGGAAGACUUUUCCGGGCACCUUCAUCCAAUGAUAGCUCGCCACAAAAGGGGUGCUCUGCAUGACGCUGUCUUUUCUCCCCGUCACUUUCUCAUAGCUGUCGUGCAAACGUGUGGCAGCUGCAACACGAACAGCACAUGAAUGAACUUUCUCAAAGAUAAGUGCGUCAGUGCACAAAGAAAAACGUUUUACUUUUCCACCUGACUGUGACUCAGAAACCUGCCCCCUAUAGCAGAAAUAUCUGAAAAUGGCCUGAAAGCAAGAAUUGUCAACAGUGCACUCGCAUGUAAAUGCGGAAACACAGAGAAAGAAUUUGGUGGAAGCGAAAGGCAGUUACCUCCAGACAGAGUGAUCCUUUAGGUCAGAACACAGUUCAAAGGCUUGCUAGAUUAGUUAGGCCCUGUGCACUCAUUGCAGAUUUGUGGCUGGAAGGCAAGUUUCAUGUUGCGCAAUGGAUUCUGUUUGUACACAAAUUUCACAAGUGUGUAGCAGACAUUAUGCAUCUGUGGCACCUUUUUUUUUAUUCGUGCGGUUGUGUACAUAGCAUGCACAAGAAUGUCUGCAUGGCUCUGGCCAUGCCCAUCGUGUUCUGCUGUUUCAUUGUUAAUUUUUUUUUUGAAGGACUCCCAGCUCUAUUGCUAGGAGCAACUGUGCCGUUGGAAAAAAAAAAUUUGAUGUUAGGUUUUGUCAAUGCCAUAUUGCUGUAAAGACAGGAUGAAUUGGUACCUGCCAACAUGCUUUAUCUAGAGGUGCCCGCCAUGAAGCUGGUAAAAACCAAGAAGCCAAAACCGAAAGGAGAGUUGCUGUAUGAAUCUCUCCUCCAAUUGUACAUAGUUAAAGACCAUACAUGUCAAGAGCUCUUUUUCUGAUCCAUAAAGAGGCUUGUCUUUCAUAAA